AACGUUUUAGGCCUAUUCAUUGAAAACGUGUAUAUAGGCUAUGUACUGUUAAAUAUUCGACGCGCCUAAACAAUUAAGAAUACUAUAACUGAAUACAUCACCAAAGGAAUAGCAACUAUUGCGCGCUGUUGUGCGGCUGUUGUAUGGCGAGGGAAUUUUGAAAGCUCACGCUUUACUGUUUGUAUUAAUAAGAUCCACUGCUGACGUCGAAGAUAAAGACCCGACUGCCGUAUUUUGACUGCAAGACUAUGCUUCACAUUCCAGCCCCGCUCUCAUUUGUUCCAGCCUAUACCAACGCUCACACGCUCUCUCGGGAACCGUUGGCAUUGGCAGGGAGCGAGCGGGCAUGAGUGACAGUCUGCAGUAGUUCGCUCAGGCUCCCAACCUCAUAUAUCGCUUUGGAUUAGCUAUAUGCUAAUAUCGAUUAGAGAGAAGAGUAGCAGCGCGGUGCUGCGAGCCGACAGUGGAGGCUACCCGAGUCUGAGCAGGCUCCUCAACAGCCAUGGCUGAAGGUGGUGAAGGGGAAGAUGAAAUUCAGUUCUUGAGAACUGAUGAUGAAGUGGUGCUCCAGUGUGUCGCCUGCAUCCACAAGGAGAAUCGCAAGUUCUGCCUGACAGCAGAGGGGCUCGGCAAUCGACUGUGCUACCUUGAACCCACGUCAGAGGCAAAGUAUGUCCCUCCAGACCUAUGCAUCUGCAACUUUGUGCUGGAGCAGUCUCUCUCUGUGCGGGCCCUGCAGGAGAUGCUGGCUAAGACUGGCCAGAACAGUGAAGGGCCUCGAGGAAAGGACCGAUGGGCGGCUCAGGGUGGUGGACACAGAACACUUCUGUAUGGACACGCCAUCCUCCUGAGGCAUUCCUUUAGCGCUAUGUAUCUGACCUGUUUGAAGACUUCAAGGUCACAGACAGAUAAGCUGUCCUUUGAUGUGGGGCUGCAGGAGGACUCAACAGGUGAAGCCUGUUGGUGGACCAUCCAUCCUGCUUCCAAACAGAGGUCAGAGGGUGAGAAGGUACGCAUCGGAGAUGAUCUCAUCCUUGUCAGCGUGUCAUCAGAACGAUACCUUCACCUGUCCAUCUCCAAUGGCAACAUCCAAGUGGACGCGUCCUUCAUGCAGACUCUGUGGAACGUCCACCCCACCUGCUCCGGCAGCAACGUGGAGGAGGGUUACCUGCUGGGUGGCCAUGUGUUGCGUCUGUUCCAUGGUCAUGAUGAGGUUUUGACCAUCCCAGCGUCUGACCAGAGUGAUGAGCAACAGAGGAUAGUGAACUAUGAGACGGGGAAUGCAGGAGCGAAAGCCAGGUCUCUGUGGAGGCUGGAGCCUCUCAGAAUCAGCUGGAGCGGGAGUCACAUUCGCUGGGGUCAGCCCUUCCGUCUCCGCCACCUCACCACGGGGCACUACCUGGCCCUGAUGGAGGAGAGGGGGGUGGUGCUGCAGGACCGGGAGAAGUCUGACACUUCCUCCACCGCCUUCUGCUUCAGAGCCUCCAAGGAAAAGCUGGAGUCGAGCCCUAAGCGGGACAUCGAGGGCAUGGGGAUGGCAGAGAUUAAGUAUGGGGACUCAAUCUGCUUCGUCAUGCACGCGGCUACAGGACUCUGGCUGUCUUACCAGGCGCCUGAUGUGAAAUCAUCUCGCCUGGGCCCUCUCAAGAGACGGGCCUGCCUCCACUCUGAGGGUCAUAUGGAUGAUGGGCUGACCUUGCAGCGGUGUCAGCACGAAGAGUCCCGUGCUGCUCGCAUCAUCCGUAACACCACCCGCCUCUUCAGUCACUUCAUCAGAGACCUGGACUGUCUGGGGGGAAAGAACCGUGCAUCAGUAGCCCUGCCCAUCGAGGAGGUCCUCCAGACCCUCAAUGACCUCAUCGCCUACUUCCAGGUGCCUAAUGCUGAGCUGGAGCACGAGGAGAAACAGAUCAUGCUGCGCUCUCUCAAGAACCGACAGAACCUCUUCAAACAGGAAGGCAUGCUGACUCUGGUGUCCUGCUGCAUCGACCGUCUCAACGUGUACAACAGUGCAGCCCACUUUGGGGAGUGUGCCGGGGCAGAGGCUGGGGCUUCCUGGAAGGACAUCCUCAACCUGCUUUAUGAGCUGCUAGCGGCGCUGAUCCGAGGCAACAGGAACAACUGCACCCAGUUCUCCAACAACCUGGACUGGCUGGUCAGCAAGCUGGAGAGACUGGAGUCUUCCUCAGGCAUACUGGAGGUUCUCCACUGCAUUCUAAUUGAGAGCCCGGAGGCUCUAAAUAUCAUCCAGAGAGGACACAUCAAGUCCAUCAUCUCCCUGCUCUACAAACAUGGACGCAACCACAAGAUUUUGGAUGUGCUCUGUUCCCUGUGUGUGUGUAAUGGGGUGGCAGUACGAGCCAAUCAGAACCUCAUCUGCGAUCACCUGCUCCCCAAAAGAGAUCUGCUUCUCCAGACCCGAUUGGUCAAUGACGUUCAAAGCAUGAGGCCCAACAUUUACCUGGGAAUGAGUGAGGGCUCGGCCCAGUAUAAGAAGUGGUACUACGAGCUGAUGAUUGAUCAGGUGGACCACUUCUUGACCAGUGACCCCUCUCACCUGCGUGUGGGCUGGGCCACCGACAAGGGUUACGCCCCUUACCCAGGUGGAGGGGAGGGUUGGGGGGGCAACGGGGUGGGGGACGACCUCUACUCUUACGGCUUCGACGGACUUCAUCUCUGGUCAGGUCGUAUCUCCCGGGCAGUGGCUUCUAAUAACCAACACAUCCUGACCUCUGAGGAUGUGGUGAGCUGUUGUCUGGACCUGGGAGCCCCCAGCAUCUCCUUUAGGAUCAAUGGACAGCCCGUACAGGGCAUGUUCGAGAACUUCAACAUCGAUGGACUCUUCUUCCCUGUUGUCAGCUUUUCCGCUGGGGUCAAGGUGCGUUUCCUGAUGGGUGGUCGUCAUGGCGACUUCAAGUUCCUGCCUCCGUCGGGCUACGCUCCGUGUUACGAGGCCCUGCUCCCCAAGGAGAAGAUGAAGGUGGAGCCGGUGAAGGAGUACAAAAGGGACAUGGAGGGGGUCCGAGACCUGCUGGGGACCACACAGUUCAUUUCCCAGGCCUCCUUCAUACCCACCCCUGUGGAGACCAGCCAGAUCGUCAUGCUGCCAUAUCUGGAGAAGGUCCGGGACAGACUGGCUGAGAAUAUCCACGAGCUGUGGGCCAUGAACAAGAUAGAACUGGGCUGGUCUUAUGGGAAGAUAAGGGACGAUAAUAAGCGGCAGCACCCCUGCCUGGUGGAUUUUCCCAGACUGCCCGAAACGGAAAAGAAUUACAACCUGCAGAUGUCAACGGAAACCUUGAAGACUCUGCUGGCAUUAGGAUGCCAUGUUGUCCAGGUCAACGCCAACGCUGAAGAGGACCUGAAGAAGAUCAAACUCCCAAAGAACUACAUGAUGUCGAAUGGUUACAAGCCCACGCCACUGGAGCUGUCUGAUGUGAAGCUGACCCCAGGCCAGGAACUUCUGGUGGAUAAACUGGCUGAGAACGCCCACAACGUGUGGGCCAAGGACAGGGUCAAACAAGGAUGGACCUAUGGCAUUCUGCAGGAUCUGAAGAGCAAGCGGAACCCUCGCCUGGUGCCAUAUUCUUUAUUAGACGAGCGCACUAAGAAGUCCAACAGGGACAGCCUCCGUGAGGCCAUCCGCACUCUAAUUGGAUACGGAUACAAUAUCGAACCUCCAGAUCAGGAGGGCGCAGGCCAUGUGGUGGACAGACUGAGCAUAGACAAGAUCCGUUUCUUCCGUGUGGAGAGGACGUACGCGGUGAUGACGGGGAAGUGGUACUUUGAGUUUGACGUGGUGACAGGGGGAGACAUGCGUGUGGGCUGGGCCAGACCUGGAUGUAGGCCUGAUGUAGAGCUGGGCACUGAUGAGCUGGCCUUUGUCUUCGACGGAUACAAGGGUCAACGUCUGAACAUGGGCAGUCGUUUCUUUGGGCGGUGUUGGCACGCGGGGGACGUGGUGGGCUGUAUGAUCAACAUGGAGGACAAGUCUAUGAUCUUCACCCUCAACGGAGAGAUCCUCAUCACCAACAAGGGCUCUGAGCUCUGCUUUGCCGACUUCGAGACGGAGGACGGUUUUAUCCCAGUGUGUAGUCUGGGCCUGUCCCAGGUGGGUCGUAUGAACCUGGGGAAGGACGCCAGUACCUUUAAGUACUACACCAUGUGUGGUCUCCAGGAGGGCUUCGAACCCUUUGCCGUCAACAUGAACCGUGAGGUCACCAUGUGGUUCAGCAAACGCCUCCCCACCUUUGUCAAUGUGCCAAAGAACCACAACCACAUAAUGGUGACCAGAAUAGAUGGCACCAUCGACAGCCCUCCAUGUCUGAAGGUGAGCCACAGGACGUUUGGGACCCAGAACAGUAAUGGUGACAUGGUGUACUGUCGACUGAGCAUGCCCGUGGAGUUCCACUCCUUCUUCAAGACCAGCCCUGUCAUGGACAUGAACGGAGUGCAUGAAGAUCCCGAGUCCCUCAAACUGAAACACAGACAUCCAUUGAAGUCUAUGAGACACAGUCAUGAUGGAAUAAGAGGAACAGAUUACAGCAACAUCAGCACGUACCACUACUCUGUCAGGGUGUUCGCUGGUCAGGAUCCAUCCUGUGUGUGGGUGGGCUGGGUCACCCCCGACUACCAUUACUAUAGCAACCACUUCAACCUCAGUAAGAACCGGACGGUGACAGUUACCCUGGGAGACCAGCGUGGGCGGGUCCAUGAGAGUGUGAGGAGGAGUAACUGCUACAUGGUGUGGGGUGGGGACGUCACAAGCUCAGGUCACUCGUCCAGUCGCAGUAAUGUGGACCUAGAGAUAGGCUGUCUCAUUGACCUGGCCACUGGCCUGGUGACCUUCACUGGCAACGGCAAGGAGCUGGCCACCUCCUACCAGGUGGAACCAAACACAAAGCUGUUUCCUGCUGUGUUUGUGCGACCGACCAGCCCCAACCUCUUCCAGUUUGAGCUGUCCAAGAUAAAGAAUGCCAUGCCCCUGUCAGCUGCCAUAUUUAAGAGUGAGCAUAAGAACCCAGUACCCCAGUGCCCUCCGAGGCUGGAUGUCCAGACCAUCAACUCAGUGCUGUGGAGUCGCAUGCCCAACACCUUCCUGAAGGUGGAGACAGCCAGGGUCAGUGAGAGACAUGGCUGGGUGGUGCAGUGUCGGGAGCCCCUGCAGAUGCUGGCUGUGCACAUACCUGAGGAGAACAGGUGUGUUGACAUCAUGGAGCUGUCUGAGCAGGAGGACCUGAGGAAGUUCCACUACCACACCCUGAAGCUGUACUGUGCCCUGUGUGCCCUGGGAAACACCCGCGUGGCACACGCCCUCUGCAGCCACCUGGACCAAUCCCAGCUGCUCUACACCAUCGACAACCAGUACUUGUCGGGCAUGCUGCGCGAGGGCUUCUACAACAUCCUGAUCAGCAUUCACCUGGAAACGGCCAAGGAGGCCCGCCUCAUGAUGAACAACGAGUUUAUUAUCCCCAUCACUGCCGAGACGCGCAGCAUCCGCCUGUUCUCCGAUGCCUCCAAGCACCACUCUCCUCCCGGCGUGGGCCUCAGUACCUCCCUGAAGCCCCGGCUCAACUUCUACCCCCCCUGCUUCAUCAGCACCAAAAGGGAGCAGCAACUGUACAGCCCCCAGAUCCCCCUGGAUGCCCUGAAGGAGAAGGCCAUCACCAUGCUGACUGAGGCCGUGCAGGGCGGUGGGCAUCACAUCAGGGACCCUGUAGGGGGCAGCGUGGAGUACCAGUUUGUGCCCAUCCUGAGGCUGAUUGGUACACUGCUCACCAUGGGCGUGCUGGGAAGUCAGGAUGUUCAUAAGAUCCUGCUCCUCAUCGACCCCAACGUGUUUGUGGAGCAUAGCGAGGAUGCCGUCGCCGUGGUGAUGGAGGCCACAGAGAAGGAGGGGCUGACAGGCACCGAGGAGAAGGCGGUGGAGGCCGGGGAGGAGGAGGCGGCCAAAGACGCCAAGCUGCCACUGAAAGGUCUGCUGGAGAAGAGGCUGCCUGAGCCAGUGAAACGACAGAUGUGUGAGCUGCUGCACUACUUCUGUGACUGUGAGCUGAAGCAUCGCAUCGAGGCCAUCGUGUCCUUCUCAGACAGCUUUGUCUCCAAGCUGCAGUAUAACCAGAAGUUCAGGUACAACGAGCUGAUGCUGGCCCUCAACAUGUCUGCUGCCGUCACCGCCAAGAAGACCAAGGAGUUCCGCUCCCCUCCCCAAGAACAGAUUAACAUGCUGUUGAACUUCAGUACGGGGGAGGACUGCCCGUGUCCAGAGGACAUUCAGGAGGAUCUCUAUGCCUUCCACAACGAGCUGCGGCUGCACUGUGGAAUCCCUAUGGAGGAAGAGGAAGAUGACCAGGACACGUCUAUUAAAGGUCGUCUGCUGGCCCUGGUCUACAAAAUCAAAGGUCAACCUCUGAAGACUGAAGAGGAGCCCACGGAGCAGGAACAGCAAGCCCCCUCCAACCUUAAAGAGCUGAUUAGCCAGACCAUGGUGAGCUGGGCUCAGGAGUGCCACGUCCAGGACCCCGAGCUGGUCAGAGUGAUGUUCAGCCUGCUGAGGAGACAGUACGACAGCAUUGGAGAGCUGCUCCGGGCCAUGAGGAAGAGCUACACUAUCAGUGCUGCCUCUAUACAGGACACCAUCAACCUACUGGCCUCUCUGGGUCAGAUCAGAUCACUGCUGUCCGUACGCAUGGGCAAGGAGGAGGAGAAACUCAUGAUCGACGGUCUGGGUGACAUCAUGAACAACAAGAUAUUCUACCAGCACCCCAACCUGAUGCGUGUGCUGGGCAUGCAUGAGACUGUGAUGGAGGUGAUGGUCAACGUGCUGGGAGGAGGCAAGUCCCAGGAGAUAGCGUUCCCCAAGAUGGUGGCCAGCUGCUGUCGCUUCCUGUGUUACUUCUGCAGGAUCAGUCGUCAGAACCAGAAGGCCAUGUUUGACCACCUCAGCUACCUCUUGGAAAACAGCAGCGUGGGCCUGGCGUCUCCGGCCAUGAGGGGCUCUACUCCUCUAGACGUGGCUGCCUCCUCUGUGAUGGACAAUAACGGCCUGGCCUUGGCCCUGGAGGAACCUGACCUGGAUAAGGUGGUGACGUACCUAGCAGGCUGUGGGCUCCAGAGCUGUCCCAUGCUGUUGGACAAAGGUUACCCUGACAUCGGUUGGAACCCCAUAGAGGGCGAGCGCUACCUCUCCUUCCUGCGCUUUGCUGUCUUUGUUAAUGGUGAGAGUGUGGAGGAGAACUCCAGUGUGGUGGUGAAGCUACUGAUCAGGCGUCCAGAGUGUUUUGGUCCGGCCCUGAGAGGAGAGGGGGGUAACGGGCUGCUAGCAGCCAUGAAGGAGGCCAUCAAGAUCUCUGAGAACCCUGCUCUGGACCUGCCCUCCUCUGCCCAGGGGGUCAGCUCUGACGUGUCUGCUGAGGAUGAUGAGGAGGAAGAGGUGGUUCACAUGGGAAAUGCCAUCAUGUCCUUCUACUCUGCCCUCAUCGACCUAUUGGGACGCUGUGCCCCAGAGAUGCACUUGAUUAACAAGGGGAAAGGGGAGGCCCUGCGUAUCCGUGCCAUCCUGCGCUCCCUAGUGCCCACUGAAGACCUGGUGGGCAUCAUCAGCGUAACCCUCAAGAUGCCUGUCAUUCACAAAGACGGCACUGUGACAGAGCCUGAUAUGGCGGCCAGUUUCUGCCCGGACCACAAGGCCCCCAUGGUGCUAUUCCUGGACCGGGUCUAUGGUAUCGAGGACCAAAGCUUCCUACUUCACCUGCUGGAAGUGGGCUUCUUGCCAGACCUGCGAGCCUCUGCUUCUCUGGACACGGAGGUACUCAGCACCACAGAGACAGCUCUGGCCAUGAACAGGUACAUUGGCUCUGCCAUGCUUCCCCUGCUCACCCGCUGUGCCCCCCACUUCGCUGGCACAGAGCACUACGCCACGCUAAUCGACUCCACGCUACACACCAUCUACAGGCUGUCCAAGGGCCGCUCGCUCACCAAGGCCCAGAGAGAUGCUAUCGAGGAGUGUCUGCUGGCUGUCUGCAGGUACCUCCGCCCCUCCAUGCUGCAGCAGCUCCUGCGCCGCCUGGUCUUUGACGUGCCCUUGCUGACAGAGUACUGCAAGAUGCCUCUCAGGCUCUUGACCAACCACUACGAGCAGAGCUGGAAGUACUACUGUCUGCCAUCAGGCUGGGGCAGCUACGGCAUGGCCUCAGACGAGGAACUGCUCCUCACAAAGAAGAUCUUCUGGGGUGUCUUGGAUUCGCUCUCACAGAGGAAGUACGAUGCAGAUCUCUUUAAGAUGGCCAUGCCCUGUCUGAGUGCCAUAUCUGGGGCUUUACCGCCUGACUACAUAGACUCCACCAUCAGCACCACCCUGGAGAAGCCUGCGUCUGUGGACGCUCAGGGCAACUUCGACCCCAAACCCAUCAGCACAGCCAACAUAUCUCUUCCAGAGAAACUGGAAAAUGUUGCCAACAAAUAUGCUGAGCAUUCCCAUGACAAAUGGUCAGCAGAGAAGGUGAUGUUGGGAUGGAAGUACGGAGACUGUAUAGAUGAGAAGGCCAAGACUCACCCUCAGCUCAGGACCUACAAAGGCCUUACAGAGAAGGAGAAGGAGAUCCACAGGUUGCCGGUGAGGGAGACUCUGAAGAGCAUGCUGGCUAUGGGCUGGAACAUUGACAGGACCAAGGAUGGAGAGACCAUGUCCCUACGGGAGAGUGAGAAGAUGCGGAAGAUCUCCCAGUCCUCCUCUCAGGGUAACGGUUUCAACCCAACACCAAUAGACACCAGCAAUGUGGUUCUGUCUAGAGAGUUACAGGGCAUGAUGGAGGUCGUGGCUGAGAAUUAUCACAACAUCUGGGCUAAGAAGAAAAAGAAUGACCUUGGAAUUAGAGGUGGGGCAACUCACCCUCUGCUAGUGCCCUAUGACACCUUGACUGCCAAAGAGAAGGCCCGGGACAAAGAGAAGGCCCAGGGCCUGUUCCGCUUCCUACAGAUCAACGGCUAUGCUAUCACCAGAGGUCUGAAGGACAUGGAGCAGGACUCUUCCUCCAUGGAGAAGAGGUUUGCCUACAAGUUCCUCAAGAAGCUCCUCAAGUAUGUGAACUCAGCCCAGGAGUUCAUUGCCCACCUUGAGGCCAUGGCUACCAGUGGUAAGACAGACAAGUCCCCUCAUGAGCAAGAAAUCAAGUUUUUCGCCAAAGUGCUCCUCCCUCUGAUAGACCAGUACUUCAAGAACCACUGUCUCUACUUCCUGUCUUCUCCCAGUAAGAACCUGAGCAGCAGCGGCUAUGCAUCUAAUAAGGAGAAGGAGAUGGUCACCAGCCUGUUCUGUAAACUGGCAGCUCUUGUCAGACACAGGAUUUCCCUCUUCGGGAGUGACUCCACCACCAUGGUGAGCUGUCUCCACAUCCUGGCCCACACACUGGACACCAGGACGGUGAUGAAGUCUGGCUCAGAGCUGGUGAAGGCGGGGUUAAGGACGUUCUUCGAGAACGCAGCGGAGGACCUGGAGAAGACCUUUGAGAACCUGAAGUUGGGGAAGUUCACCCACUCCCGCUCACAGAUGAAGGGCGUGUCCCAGAACAUUAACUACACCACGGUGGCACUACUGCCCAUCCUCACUGCCCUGUUUGAACACAUCACCCAGCACCACUUUGGAGUGGACCUGCUCUUGGACGAUGUCCAAGUGUCAUGCUAUCGUAUCCUGACCAGCCUGUAUGCACUCGGGACUGGAAAAAACAUCUAUGUGGAAAGGCAGCUGCCGGCCCUGGGGGAGUGUCUGGCCACCCUGGCAGGCGCCAUGCCUGUGGCCUUCCUGGAGCCACUGCUCAACAAACACAACCCCUGCUCUGUGUUCAACACCAAGACUGCCCGCGAACGCGCCAUCCUAGGCAUGCCAGACGCGGUGGAGGAGAUGUGUCCGGAGAUGCCUCGUCUAGACGUCCUGAUGAAGGACAUCAACGACAUGUCUGAGUCUGGGGCGCGCUACACAGAGAUGCCCCACGUUAUCGAGGUGGUGCUGCCCAUGCUGUGUAACUACCUGUCCUACUGGUGGGAGAAGGGCCCAGAGAACCAGGCGUCUCCGCACAGUAUGUUUUCCACCACCGUCACCUCAGAACACCUCAGCCUCAUCCUGGGAAACAUCCUGAAGAUCCUCAACAGCAACCUGGGCAUCGACGAGGCCUCCUGGAUGAAGAGGAUCGCAGUGUAUGCCCAGCCCAUCAUCAGUAAGGCCAGGGCUGUUCUGUUGAAGAGUCACUUCCUGCCUACGCUGGAGAAGCUGAAGAAGAAGACCGUGAAGGUGGUGACGGAGGAGGAGCUACUGAAGGCUGACAGUAAGGGAGACACCCAGGAGGCUGAGCUCCUCAUCCUGGAUGAGUUCGCUGUGCUCUGCAGAGACCUCUACGCCUUCUACCCGAUGCUCAUCCAUUACGUUGACAAUAACAGGUCCAGGUGGCUGAAAGAACCAGACUCUGACUCCAAUGAACUCUUCAGAAUGGUGGCUGAGAUAUUCAUCCUCUGGUGCAAAUCACAUAACUUCAAAAGGGAAGAGCAGAACUUUGUGGUUCAGAAUGAAAUCAACAACCUGUCUUUCCUGACUGGUGAUAGCAAGACGAAGAUGUCAAAGUCAGGGGGUCAGGACCAGGAGAGGAAGCAUAAGAGGAAGCGAGGAGAGUUCUACUCCAUCCAGACCUCCCUGAUCGUUGCUGCCCUGAAGAAGAUGCUGCCCAUGGGACUCAACAUGUGCACCCCCGGGGACCAGGAGCUCAUCUCCCUGGCCAAGACACGUUACCUCCUGAAGGACACAGAUGAUGAAGUGAAGGAACAUGUGCGGCAAAAUUUGCACCUUCAAGAAAAGUCAGACGACCCUGCAGUGAGGUGGCAGCUGAACCUGUAUAAGGAUGUGAUGGUGAAGAACGAGGGGCCUCCAGACCCUGAGAGGACAGUGUUCAGAGUCCAGAGCAUAUCAGCCGCAGUCUUCCAUCUGGAGCAGGUGGAACAGCCGUUGAGGUCUAAGAAGUGUGUGUGGCAGAAGCUGCUGUCCAAGCAGAGAAAGCGUGCGGUGGUGGCCUGUUUCCGCAUGGCUCCUCUCUACAACCUGCCCAGGCACAAAAGUAAUAAUUACUUCCUGAAUGCCUACCGACGCUAUUGGCUCGAAAAAAUGCAUGAGAACACAGACUAUGACAGUCUGCUCUCCAUGCUAACGAAGACCCAACUGAAGGUGGAGGAGGAGGAAGAGGAGGAGGCAGAGAUGCAGCCAGACCCUCUUCAUCAGCUCAUCCUGCAUUUCAGUCACAAUGCGCUCACUGAGCGGAGUUCUUUGGAAGAGGAUCCUUUGUAUAUUGCAUAUGCAGACAUGAUGGCAAAGAGUUGUGCAGAAGAUGAAGAAGAAGAAGAUGAAGAAGGAAAAGAGAAAACGUUUGAGGAAAAAGAGAUGGAGAAACAGAAGACUCUGUACCAGCAGGCCAGACUGCAUGACAGAGGAGCUGCUGAGAUGGUGUUACAGAUGAUUAGCGCCAGCAAAGGUACGCUUGGGCCCAUGGUGACCUUUACCCUGAAGCUGGGCAUCUCUAUACUCAACGGAGGCAACAUACUGGUUCAGCAGAAAAUGCUUGACUAUCUGAAGGAAAAAGGAGAUGCUGGCUUUUUCAAGAGUUUGUCAGGACUCAUGCAGUCUUGCAGUGUCCUGGAUUUGAAUGCAUUCGAAAGGCAAAACAAAGCGGAAGGUCUUGGGAUGGUGACUGAGGAAGGAUCAAUCAACGUGAGUGAGCGGGGUUCCAAAGUACUGCAAAACGAUGAGUUCACUAAGGAUCUCUUUAGGUUUCUGCAACUGCUCUGUGAGGGACACAACAACGACUUUCAAAACUUCCUGCGGACUCAAACAGGGAAUACGACCACAGUAAAUAUCAUCAUCAGCACUGUGGACUACCUGCUCCGUCUGCAGGAAUCCAUCAGUGAUUUCUACUGGUACUACUCUGGGAAAGACAUCAUGGAUGAGGCUGGCCAGCGGAACUUCUCCAAAGCCCUGGCUGUGGCCAAGCAGAUUUUCAACUCUCUCACUGAGUACAUACAGGGCCCGUGUAUUGGGAACCAGCAGAGUCUGGCACACAGCAGGCUAUGGGAUGCAGUGGUGGGAUUCCUGCAUGUGUUUGCCAAUAUGCAGAUGAAGCUGUCACAGGAUUCAAGUCAGAUUGAGUUAUUGAAGGAGCUGCUGGACCUGCAGAAGGACAUGAUCGUGAUGAUGCUCUCCCUUCUGGAAGGUAACGUUGUCAACGGAACCAUCGGGAAACAGAUGGUGGACACCCUGGUGGAGUCCUCCAGCAAUGUGGAGAUGAUCCUCAAGUUCUUCGACAUGUUCCUCAAACUCAAAGACCUGACCACAUCGGACAACUUCAAGGAGUACGACCCGGAGAGCAAGGGAGUGAUCUCCAAGAAGGAGUUCCAGAAGUCCAUGGAGAACCAGAAGCAGUACUCCCAGUCAGAGAUCGAGUUCUUGCUCUCCUGUGCCGAGGCUGACGAGAACGACAUGUUCAACUACGAGGAGUUUGUGAAGCGCUUUCAUGAGCCGGCCAAGGACAUUGGCUUUAACGUGGCGGUCCUGCUCACCAACUUGUCAGAACACAUGCCUCACGACGCCCGUCUGGCCACCUUCCUGGACCUGGCCGAGAGCGUGAUAAACUACUUCGAGCCCUACCUGGGCCGCAUAGAGAUUAUGGGUGGAGCCAAGCGCAUCGAGAGGGUCUACUUUGAGAUCAGCGAGUCUAGUCGUACACAGUGGGAGAAGCCUCAAGUCAAAGAGUCUAAGAGACAGUUUAUCUUUGACGUGGUGAAUGAGGGUGGAGAGAGCGAGAAGAUGGAGCUGUUUGUCAACUUCUGUGAGGACACCAUAUUUGAGAUGCAGCUGGCCUCACAGAUCUCUGAGCCUGACGCAGUGGAGCGUCCCGAGGAGGACGACGAGGACAGCCAGAGUGUGACGGAGGAGCCUGAGGAGGAAGUGGAGGAGAGCAUGAUGGAGUCUCACUCCGCCUUCACCAAUUCCUGCGUCUCCAUGAGGAAGAACCUGUUCAGCUUCCGCCAGCUGCUGACCUUCAAAAGCAUGAGGCGGCAGUACAGGAGGUUCAGGAAGAUGAGUGUGAGGGAGAUGGUCCAAGGCUUCUUCUCAUUCUUCUGGAUGAUUAUCACUGGAGUCUUCCGCUUCCUUUACAACCUGGUGUGGGGCUUCUUCCAUAUCCUGUGGUCCUCCAUGUUUGGCGGGGGCCUGGUGGAGGGGGCCAAGAACAUGAAGGUCACAGACAUCCUGGGGAACAUGCCUGACCCCACACAGUUUGGUAUCCAUGGUGAUGUGCUGGAGACAGAGAAGAUGGAGGCGAGUGAGGCGUCAUCUGUGGCAGAGAUGGGCCACAUGGGCCAGGGGGACAAGGCAGAGGCAGAUCUGAUGGCUGAGCUGCUUAACAUCCAAACCAAGAGCCAGGGGGGAAAGCAUGCGCCCGAGCCAGGUCUGGGGGACAUGGGUGAGGUGGUGGGGGUCGACGCCCCCUCUUUAGCCAGUGCCGUCAAGCAGAAGAAGGCCAAGGAGGCUGCGACUAAGGAGCCUACCAACGGAGACCACAAAGCCGAGCCAGAGAAAUCAGACCCAGAGGAUGGUGAGAAGAAGGACCAGGACAAAGUCAAAGAGGAGGCUCCCCCAGAGCCCUCACUGGAGGAGAAGAAGGCCCCCAAGAAGAGACCGGGACUGAAGAAAGAGUCUCCAGAGGAGUUCAUGGCCAGCUUCUUCUCUAGCCUGGACAUCUACCAGACCAAGAUGCUGAACUAUCUGGCCAGAAACUUCUACAACCUGCGUUUCUUGGCAUUGUUUGUUGCAUUUGCCAUAAACUUUAUUCUGCUCUUCUACAAAGUGACUGGAGAUGACGGGGAAGAUGAUGAUCCAGAUCCCUGGAAUGGAGGUGGAGCUACUGAUGAACAGGAUGAUGAAGGUGGGAUGGAGUAUUUUGUCCUGCAGGAGAGCACCGGCUACAUGGCACCUACACUGCGCUUCUUGGCCAUACUACACACAGUCAUCUCUUUCCUGUGUGUGGUGGGAUACUACUACCUAAAGGUGCCUCUGGUGGUGUUCAAGAGAGAGAAGGAGAUCGCCAGGAAGUUGGAAUUUGACGGCCUCUACAUCACAGAGCAGCCGUCAGACGAUGACAUCAAAGGGCAGUGGGACCGCCUCGUCAUCAACACCCCUUCCUUCCCUAAUAACUACUGGGACAAGUUUGUGAAACGCAAGGUGAUCAAUAAGUAUGGAGAUCUAUAUGGAGCAGAGAGGAUAGCAGAGCUGCUGGGGCUGGAUAAGAGUGCUCUGGACUUCAACCCCACAGAGGAGACGGUGGUGAAGGAGGCAUCGCUGGUGUCCUGGUUGAGCUCUAUUGACACCAAGUACCAGUGCUGGAAAAUGGGUGUGGUGUUUACAGACAAUUCGUUCCUGUACCUGGUGUGGUACACCACCAUGUCCAUCCUGGGUCACUACAACAACUUCUUCUUCGCUGCCCAUCUGUUGGACAUCGCCAUGGGCUUCAAGACCCUCCGGACCAUACUGUCCUCCGUCACCCACAAUGGCAAACAGCUGGUUCUGACUGUAGGUCUCCUGGCGGUGGUGGUCUAUCUGUACACUGUGGUGGCCUUCAACUUCUUCCGCAAGUUCUACAACAAGAGUGAGGAUGACAACCAGCCCGAUAUGAAGUGUGACGACAUGAUGACUUGCUACCUGUUCCACAUGUACGUUGGUGUGAGGGCAGGGGGUGGAAUCGGGGAUGAGAUUGAGGACCCCGCAGGCGACCCGUACGAGCUCUACCGCAUCCUCUUCGACAUCACCUUCUUCUUCUUUGUCAUCGUCAUCCUGCUGGCCAUCAUACAGGGUCUAAUCAUUGAUGCUUUUGGAGAGCUGAGAGACCAACAGGAGCAAGUGAAAGAGGAUAUGGAGACCAAAUGUUUCAUCUGUGGCAUCGGUAAUGACUACUUUGACACGACGCCUCACGGCUUUGAGACACACACCUUACAAGAGCACAACUUGGCCAACUACCUGUUUUUCCUGAUGUAUCUUAUCAACAAAGAUGAGACAGAACACACCGGUCAGGAGUCAUACGUGUGGAAGAUGUACCAGGAGAGGCUCUGGGACUUUUUCCCUGCUGGAGACUGUUUCAGAAAGCAGUAUGAGGACCAGCUUGGAUAGAGCUGACAGACAGGUCACUGUCAUCCUACGGACAGGACUACAGUCCUACAAAGAGCUGCUCCAGGUACACUCCGACUUCCUCCUAACAGCUAGCUGAUGACGGUUGGUAACCAUUCACCGGCCUAUUGCCUCCUCUAAAUGUGUGAGACUAGAGGAGAGGGGAGAUGCUAUCUUCCAUGUGAUGGAAUAACCAUUUUCACAUCAACGUCAAAUGUACCUGUACAUGUUACCUUUGGUACAGGGCCAACCUCCAAGAAAGUGACUAUAUUACAACCUGCCCAGACAGAUUUCAGUUUUGACCAUUUUUUUCUUUCAACGUGUUGCCUUUUCCUCCACAUAACCCCGAACCAUUGCACAAUUAUUGGUCUUUUUGAGAAACACUGGGUUGUGUGGGGUUAUGGGACAACGUGUGAGUCUUGGCCCGUUGCAAUAUGCACAAGAAGACUAUUUCAAUAUUUCAAGAAUGUUGAAAAUGAGACUUAUGCCAAAAGAUAGGUGGGCAGAUUUUUACAGAGAGCAUACUGUAUGUGAGUUAACAAAGUUUAAAAAAUGUCGUUCGAGUAAUGUGCUUUCAGAUAUGAAGUAUUGAUUAUAGAGGACUUAAACCAGGGGAAAUGUUGAUUAUAUGAUAAAAAUGCCUGAAUCAAGUACUUGAUGAAGUGCCUUAUUAACAUUACAACGGAGCUAUGCAAAACCAUGUGUUUUUCUUUCUGCAAUGGAUGUGCAGUAGUUUUCCUGGACCAGAAACAAGCAGCUGUUCAGAGUCAUUACUUCGUGGCUUAUGUUUUUAAUUUGAAAAUGGAUGAGCAGUGUUGAGUAUUUUGCCAACUGCAGAAUCUACACUUAGAAAAAAAGGCUCUGGAUAGAACCAAAAAGGUUGUAUUGCUUGCUUCAUAUACUGUACAGCAACCUUAUAGGUUCAAUAUAGAACCCUUUUGCAGGGUUCUUUGAUCAGACCCCAGGGUUCUUCACUGACCCAACAUUGGUUCCAUAUAGAACCAUUGGGUUCCUUCCAUAUAGGGUUCGAUAUGGAACCAAUUUCAGUUCUAUAUAUAACCUUAAGGGGUGCCAUAUAUGACGCAAGCAUGGAACCCUCUUUGGUUCUAUCCAGAACCUUUUUAUCUAAGAGUGUAACUGCAAACGAGUAUAAAUUACACACUCGUCUUAGUAUAUCAUAUGUCCGAAUUUAUUAAACACCUUGAAACAAAAAAUAAAUUGCUAUUGUAUGGCUAUUUGUAUGUAGUAGCAUUGCUGAACCGUGCAUUUCCCUGAAGGACAAAUAAAGAAAUCAAUUAAAU